AUGUCAUCACCCUCUAGUUAUCGAGAACCAUCCCGACUCCGAAAACUCCUACAAGAUAAGCAUGGAAAAUCUUUGGGGCACAAGCUUCGUGACCUGAUACAAGAGGUCGCUCUGGCGCUUCACCCAUACGUGAAAGUGGUGAUUCCGAAUUUCAGAGCCGCCCACUAUGUCUACAUUUUCUUCAUGACUUUCUUGGGAUCGAUUAUCGUAUACCCUAUCGCCAAUUUCAAAUACAUCGAUAUUCUUUUCUUGAUGUCGGGAGCAGCCACUCAAGCUGGCCUUAACACCAUAAACUUGAACGAACUACGGCUACUGCAGCAGAUAUUCGUCUACAUUUUCACCACAUUGAGCACCCCCAUUUUCAUUCACAGCUCGUUGCUUUGCAUCCGAUUGUUCUGGUUUGAACGACAAUUCGACAAUAUCAAGGAGUCCUCGAAGUUGGACCACAAGAUGAGAAAAAGCGCCACUUUAGCUGCUAGAACAGCUACGAAAGACUCCACCAAGUUCAACACAGCCACAAAUCAAGAAUUGGGCCUACAGAAUCCUGAGCUGCCUGCAAAAGAAGUCUCCUCGAGCUCAUCCCCACAGUCAUCAAAUCUAGAAAAGCAAGCAGAUUUAGGUCCGCCACGUUCCGAGAAUAUAAGCCCUGCCGACCAGGGGGACGGCCAAGGUAUUCGUUUUGACAAUCUUCCUCAUCCGGCGAAGAAAAGGAAAGAAGUUGAUCCUUCUGAUAUGUACAAGUCAAUUGCAAUGUUGCAGAACAAGCAUGAGAGAAAAUCCAGUUUCGCAGAUGACGACGUUCUCGUUAUCAAGUCUCCGAAGGAAAUUGAGAGAGAUCAAAGUACACCGAUUUUCACUCGCAAGCACCUGAUUACUUUCUCUCCUGGUGGCAAGAAGUGGAAACUUGGCCCACUGAAGAAAAGAAAGAAGUGGGAGAAGCUCAAAAGAACUAUCUCAAAUAGUUCUGCUCGAGGAAGAAGACUCAAGACGCCACCAAAAACCAACGAUGACACGGUGUCUAUCGAUAGCGAAACCUUGGACAGAACCAAGGAGCAGAAGAAUAUCGCAAAGCUCGUAGAAUCGGUCAAGCAAGGCGAAGUUGGCGAGGACUUGAAGGACAAUGAUCUUGAUUCGGAGAUCGACGACGCACAUAAUAAGUUAAGUGAGGAUCUUGAAGGUGAUGAUUCUUUUGACGAUGAUGAAGAUGAUGAAGAUGAAGAUGGUGAGGAUGAAGAUGAAGAUGAUGAGGAUGAAGAUGAUGAAGAUGAAGAUGAGGAUGAUGAAGGUGAGCAUCAUCCCGAUGAUUUUGAUGAUGACGAUGAUGUUCUAACCGAUAAUAGUCAAGCGAUCGUGGACACCGAUGAUGAGGACAUCGACCAUGACGAUAUGGUAGACCCGAAGAGUACCUCAGUGCAAGCGUCUGGUAUUGAUCGCGGAGACGCCGUUGCUGCCCCACAGGAUAGAGUCACCAAAUUUUCCGAACCGGAGAAAGUACCGAGAACGAGAAAAGCGCGCCGAAGAACAGCAAUUCGAAGAUGGAGGACACCACUUCUAAGAGCAGCUAGCUCUGGCACGUUGAGAGGCAGCAAAUCUCACAGCAACACUAAUGAUAACGAUUCUGACGAGGAGCUGCUUGUGGGAACCGAUGAGGAGCAUGGUUUGACCAGGCAAAUGAGCACUAAUUAUCUUUCAUGGACACCCACUGUUGGUAGAAACUCAACAUUCGUUCAUCUCACAGAAGAACAAAAAAAUGAGCUCGGUGGUGUGGAGUACAGGGCUGUCAAGCUAUUACUUAAGAUUUUAGCAGCUUACUACAUUGGCUUUCAUGUCAUGGCGUUUUGCAUGCUUGUUGGCUACAUCAAAGUGGAUCAUGCGAAAGCAGAGGAGAUGAGAGCUUUUGGGUUUUCCCCCGUAUGGUGGGGAUUUUUCACUGCUCAAUCGACAUUUAAUGACUUAGGCCUCACAAUAACGCCAAACUCGAUGUCGAGUUUCAAUGAGUCCCCCUUCGUGUUGAUCGUAUGUUCCUUUUUCAUCGUUAUCGGAAAUACCGGCUUCCCAAUUCUUCUUCGAUUCAUUAUUUGGGCUUUGUUCAAGGUGGCAAGGCCUAUGACAUUAUUCAAAGAAUCGCUUGGAUUUUUGCUAGAUCACCCAAGAAGAUGUUUCACCCUUCUCUUCCCAUCAAUCCCUACUUGGUGGUUAUUUGUUAUUUUGGUUUUGUUGAAUGCUGUGGACUUGAUACUUUUCGUGAUACUCGAUUUGGGUUCUGAAUUUCUUAAGUCUACACCUAAGGGUCUCAGAGUGUUGGACGGUUUGUUUCAAGCGUUCAGCACAAGAACUGCAGGGUUCAGCUGUAUCGAUUUGUCUCAAGUGCACCCAGCUGUUCAGGUUAGUUACAUGAUCAUGAUGUACAUUUCUGUUCUUCCAUUGGCCAUUUCGAUCAGACGUACAAACGUCUAUGAAGAGCAGUCGUUGGGCAUAUAUGUGAAAGCAAAAGAGGAAGCAGAUGAUCCAGAAGCGACACCUAGGAACUUCAUUGGCACACAUUUGAGAAACCAAUUGUCUUUUGACUUAUGGUUCAUCUUCUUGGGUUUAUUUAUAAUUUGCAUCGCCGAAGGAGGCAAGCUUCAGUCGAAUGAUCUCCGAUUUUCAGUGUUUGCCAUUCUUUUUGAAGUCAUAAGUGCUUAUGGUACGGUUGGUUUGUCAUUGGGAUACCCCAACGUGAACCAAUCGCUCACUUACAAGUUUACUACUUUAUCAAAGUUGGUUAUCAUCGGUAUGAUGAUUAGAGGACGUCACAGAGGUUUGCCAUACUCACUUGAUAGGGCCAUCAUGUUGCCUGAUAAGCAUAUGCGUCGCAGAGAUCAAGUGCAAGAGCACCAUGCAAUUCAGCGCGCGACAACGUUAGAAUCAGUUCCAACGAGGGACACUAUCCGUGAGGAAGGUGUUUCAGGAGCAGUUCGCGGACUUACAAGAGUAAUUACGCGGACGGCAGCCUCGUAUCGCAGAAACUCCUUAUGGCCUGCUCCAACACGUUUGGAAACGGAAGAGAACGAGCUACAAGGUAAUUCUCGCGAGAGAGGCGCUUGA